UUAUGUAUGAACCCUUCAGUCAUGCAAGCCACACCUUUCUCAAUGGCCCAUUCAUCGACCGGAUAUCUUCAAGACGCUAUAAUCGAAUGGACGGAUCGCUGCAAGCGACGCCGCGUGAUGUUAUUCGACCAUGAUCAAGUAGGUCACAGAUCGGAUGGCCUUCUCCACGAUUAUUGGAAUGCGGAUUUUAAUGAAGACCCAUUUGAGAAUUUCAAUACCUUGAGCCAGGAAAGUGAUAUUAAUGUAAUUUCAGAUGAUCUUUUAAACUCUUCAAUCAGCAGCAUUAGCAAUGGGACGAUACCAUCAUCGACGGAGAUGAAGACACAUGAAGACUCAGCGUCGGAACAUGAACAUUUUUCUCCUAGGUCUUCUUAUAAAGAUUCAACGCCUAAGAUCCCAGAUGAAAAGGACACUUUGAUUUCAAAGAAUCCAAUCUCUUCAGUGGGCCAUCGUCGUCGGAUCAAGAAAAACGUGGGGAUGAGAGUGGCCUACCCAUUUGCCGUGGUGAAACCCGGCGGGAUCGACGGCGGUGUGACCCUCGACGACAUCAACGAGCGGAUCCUUAUGCGACCGACGCGGCCCGUCCGCCAUCCGGUCGGAGAAUUCGCAUGCUUCCCAUGUGUGUCCAUGGAUGGGCAUGGCCCAUCAGGAAAAGCUGUGGCGGCUCUCACAAGAAUCCACACACAAGGGAGAGGUACAAUCACCAUCAUAAGAACCAAAGGCUGAGAUACAGUUUCAUGAUACAUUGUAUAGAUUUUGUAAAAAUAUAUAUAUAAUCUGGACCAUGUAUGUAUCCAUGCACAUAUUUUUCUUG